GGCUUCACCCUGCUGGGCUCCUCCAGAUUUCUAGCGCUGCUCUUCCACCUCUUGAACCACAUCACCCCGCUGGCAGGCAGGCAGGCCCUGGUUCCGUGUGUGCUGUUGUCAAAACUCUCCAAACAAUGGACCUGAUAAUAUCUUCGGUUUUUCUUAUACUUCAUGUUGUGAAUUGCAGCCCCGGGCCGUUAGUGGAUGUUGUUGUCGAUCGGUACGACAUCCCGAAAGUUUGUCCUCGAGAAGUGCAAACGGAAGAUUUUAUUCGGUAUCAUUAUAACGGCACCUUCCAAGCAGACGGAAAGACCUUUGACUCCAGUUAUAAACGAGGCAAAGCCGUCAUCAGCCAGGUCGGCCUGGGCAGACUCAUCACAGGGUUGGACCGGGGUCUUCAGGGCAUGUGUGUCAACGAACGCAGGAGGAUCACAGUGCCCCCACAUCUGGGCUAUGGAAGCAUAGGAACAGGUGGUGUAAUUCCUCCUGACGCUGUGUUGGUGUAUGAUGUUCACCUACUGGACAUCUGGAACGCCGAGGAUAAGGUGCAGAUCCGCACGCUCAGCAAGCCACCGAGCUGCAACCGCACCACCGCGGCGUCAGAUUUUGUGCGUUACCACUAUAACGGCACCCUGCUGUCCGGUGAAGCCUUCGACUCCAGUUACUCGAGGAAUGAAACCUAUGACACCUACUUGGGGAAGGGUCACCUCAUCAAAGGCAUGGAUGAAGGUCUUCUGGGCAUGUGUGUUGGAGAGAGGCGCAUCGUCAUCGUCCCGCCCUUCCUGGCAUAUGGAGAGAACGGCCACGGAACUCAAGUCCCUCCUCAGGCUACACUGGUGUUGGAAGUGCUGUUGGUUGAUGUGUUCAACCCUAAGGAUGAUCUGAUCAUGCAGGUGAAGUACGCACCUGAAGUCUGCAACCGCAAGACGGAGACCGGAGAUUACAUCCGCUACCACUACAACGGCACCUUCCAGGAUGGCACGGCCUUCGAUUCGAGCUACCAGCGAAAUAGCACCUACAACACUUACAUCGGCAUGGGAUACGUGAUUAGAGGGAUGGACAAAGCCCUGCAAGGCCUGUGCAUAGGAGAGAAGAGGAGGAUUAUUGUGCCUCCUCACUUGGCAUAUGGAGAAGAUGGAGUUGGAGACCUCAUUCCUGGCUCUGCUGUGCUGGUCUUUGACAUCCACGUCAUUGAUUUCCACAACCCCAGAGAUCCAGUGGAGAUUAAAGUGACCCACAAGCCGCAGGAAUGCAACAUUACCAGCGAGGCCGACGAUUUGAUUGAGUAUCGUUAUAAUUGCUCCUUGAUGGACGGCACCCUGCUGUACUCCUCGGAUCAGUUUGACUCCCCUUCCACCACGACUCUCGGAGCGAACAUGGUGAUCCUGGGUCUGGAGAAAGGUUUGAGUGGCAUGUGCAUGGGCGAGAAGAGGGAGGUGGUUGUUCCACCUCACUGGGGCCACGGAGAACGUGGAGCUGGAGGAGUCCCCAGUAGCGCAGUGCUCUUCUUCGAGCUGGAGUUGGUGAAGCUACAGAAGGGUGUACCUGAAGGCUACAUGUUUGUGUGGCUGGGAGAUAGUCCUGAUCCCCUCUUUCCUGCCAUGGACCUCAAUAGUGACAAAGAGGUCCCUCUAGAGGAGUUUUCAGCCUUCAUCAUGCUCCAAGUUAAAGAGGGCAAAGGUCGUCUUCGGCCAGGGGCUGAUGCCAGCGUCAUCAUUAAGGGGAUGUUCAACAACCAGGACCGUAAUAGAGACGGGAAGAUCGUAGAAUAUGAACUGAAUGCUAACGAGGAGUCUGCGGCACGAGAGGAGUUGUAAAGAGGACACACAUUUCAGCGGCUGUCAAGAACAAGCUUGCAGUGGCUGUCGUCUUAGCAACACUGUUUUGCAACUCUUUAAAAAAAAAAAAAAAAAAUUCAAAUACUGAAACACUGUUGAGCCUCUAUUGAAGGCAAUCAGGCUGUUUGGUUUCAUAGUGUUGAAAUAUGAAGCUGAACAACACUGACUAUGUUUACAUGCACACUAAUAUUCCACUAUUAUUCCGAAUGACAAUAUUCCGAAUUUAAUACGGGUCAUGUAAACAGCAUAUUCCGUUUGGAUAUUCCGAAUUAGGCCUUAUUCUAAAUGUAGUAUUUUGCAAUUAAGACAUGUGGGAUAUGCCGAUAUUACUCAGGUUUUAGGAGCAUUCUUUGGAAAUUUAUACAGCACAUUCAGAAUAUGCGUCUCGCUUAUCGCAGUAUUACACAUGGCCUCUUUCCUGUUUACGGUCAGCUCUGUGCGUUGUAAACAAACCAACUAGCAAACAGUUUGCAAGUUUGGGAUAGAGAUGCAUGAUGGGCUGGUUGUGUAACACACCCCUGUGCAGGCUAAAUGACAUAUGCUGGAGCAGGAAGGCAGACAGAGGAGAGGAAUGAGAGGAGAGCGGAGAGCUGUUUAGUGCAGGCUGGAAAAACAGCAAACCUUCUCCACGACAAGGACGGAGGGGAUUGGUCGGACUGACGGCGACGACUUGGCGUGAUGCACGAAAAACACUCAGCAGUGUAGUAAACAACAUGGUACAACCUAGGUACUGGAUGUGGCUGUGUAUCAGUCAUAUCAUUAUCACUUACAAAUAUCAGGCAGCAACUCACUAAUGAUUUUCACCUCGCUGGUUUACUUCACUGCCUCCGGAGAUCUUGUGAUUCCCGUUCCCACCGGAGCAGGGGGAAACCCUGAAAACCCUCUGCAUGUAAACAGGAAUAUUAGUGGAAUGUUCACACUCAUUAGCCAUGUAAACACCUUUUAGUAGGAAUAUUUUUUUCGGAAAAUAAGGGCAAAAACUGGAAAAUUUUGUGCACGUAAACAUAGUCACUGACAUCUAACAUCUACAUUUGAGGGCCAGUGUGGUGCGUAUGGGAAAUAGGUAUUUAAAAAUGUGAAAGAAGAAAAAUUGUCUGUUCUGUUGAUUUAAAAAAAAAAAAAAGCAUAUUAGAUUUUUUAAAGGGAAGUAUGUGGGCGGGGCCUAUCUUUUAAGAAUAUUACUUUUUUUAAUAAAUAAUGUAAGUCAAAUGGCUAGCUAUGGAUGCAGAGCCACAGACACUUCCCCUUGAUGUAAAAAUGGUGAAAAACCACUGGUUGUACAGUAUGUUUGGGAGUGGCUAGUGUGUACAAUUGUAGAAAUUCUAUUAUAGAAAAUAAUAUCAGAGUGUGUUGUGGAACGUAUAAAUUUUUAUAAUAAAAUAAAGACACUUAGGAGCUGUGGUGUUAUAUAAGAGAAGCAAUCGUUAACAUAAAAAAAAAAUACAACCUGUUCUUUAUGUUUGACAAUGUAGUGAGGAAUUCAAAUAACUUGGAAGACUCAACGCUGUAAUAAAACAAGGAGAACAUCACGUUUCAAGUUUCCAGUUAAAAUGUUCCUGAAAGAGGUUUUAUUGCAAGAGGCUGGAGAUCAGUUUGUGACCAAAUACCAAAUCUUGUGCUGCCAUUUAUGUUGUGCGUUUUUUUCCUUCCCUUUAUCAUUACAUUCUGUAUGAAAGAACUGUAACAAAACCAACCAUUCCCGAAACAAAACAAAAAAAAACACCCAUAACCACAUACACACACUUUACAUGUUGCACAGUAGGUACACAGUGCAAAUCUGACUUCCACCAUAUACAGUGUGAUCCAAAAGCAGUUUUUUUACCCAUAACCAUUAGAGGAGACCUGUUGACGAUGAUAUAAAAAGGGUUGAGUGGUGGACGUGACCUGUGGCUGUAAACUGGACUUGUGAACAGUCUGGCAAAACAAUAUGUGUGUAACAGGGACUCAUGCACACAAAAUAAAAACCUUUUAGUCAAAUUAUUAAAAAAAAAA